AUGCAAGAGUUCGUCCUCCCCGUUUACACCACCCACAAGGUUUACGCUGCACUUUACACCUCCGUCACCAAUGCGGCCGAGAUCCGCGAUAAACUGUUGGCUGGGGAUGAGGAUUAUGAGUAUGCGUUUAUUGAUGCGACGACGGUCGUCGGCGUAAAGCAGAUCCUAGCAGCGGCGUUCCGUGCGAUCCAUGACGCUGAAGACGGAAAGCUGAAAACAAGGAAUGUGCACAGCGAAACCGUGUUCUCAUUAUCUGCCAACAACAACAUCGGCGACGCUCUCCGCCGUUUCGGCAUAACUCCAGCCACAACCUCCCUUCUCUGCGUCAAAAUUCUCCCUUCCUCUACUCGAUCUCCCGCCGAACACCUUGCGUCACUCGUCCAGGGCGAGGAGGUCGAGGUUAGUGAUGAGGUCUUGAGGAAGGGUGUUGAUAUGAAAGCGGUGAGGAAGAACUAUAAAUUGGGGCAGGGGGAGAGGUGGGAGGAUGCGCAGGAGGUUGAGAGUGUUGUUUUGGGGUUGAUGGCGUUGAGGGGGGUUGCGUGA